GCUUGGAAAUGUACUCCUUGGCGAGACCAUAGCCAUGACUGUUAGUACUGUGCCGUCUGUCCUCCAUUCAGGGAACAAGCAUGGAAGCCCGUCUAGGGGCCCGGGAAGCGUAGUACCCUGUAGAAAGAACGGAGGUCAAGGUCUCAUUUUCAUUAUUAUUUGGAAACCGCCGGGAAAUCAGUCAAAUGACAGCUUGACAUCAUGCUUUAGUUAUUCAGUACACGGACGGGUCUCGGCGUUGGACACGAAAUUACAGUAAUCGUGACCUGUUUUUUUUGCGCAUAUAGUAGGGCACAACUAUAAAGAGCUUUCUGACUCC